GAGAGGAGGUGACGCGGCUGCGGAGGUGACGCCGAGUCUGUCGCGCGUCCCUUCCGGCGCGGGGCGGGCGUUGAAGAUCCGGGGCCGCUCGGCCGCAGGCCGCCUCCAGCGCCGCGGGAUGUAGCGCGGGGGACCCCGGCCCCCAGCAGAGCCCGCCCGCCGCCCUGCGGUGAGUUUCUCCCGGGCUGACGCGGCGAGCGGAUGAGCGGGGAAUGGGCCUGAGCGCCGAGACUGCUGAAAGCCGCUGUCCAGGCCUGAGGAGAGAACGGGGUGGGGACAGCCCGGCCUAGACCUCCCGAGGGUCCCGCGGCGCCCGCCGACCCCUGGCCCUGAAGCCGCCGGGGGCUCCGGCUUCUCUGCGGUCCAGUUGUAAACACUUCCGGCCCCUCCCGCUGCGCGCAGCCUCCGAAGCGGCCUAAAAAGCAUUGUAAGCGCGAGUGGACAGCUCGUCCCCCUGCUUUACCCCCGACUCCCAACAGUCCUGACCUCCGAUCCCUAUCUCUCCCUUUCCUGUCUCUGUGUUGCUACAGUUUAGAAGACCAAAGUGGACAGUGGACUUUGCCCACUAAGAUGACAUGAUCUCCAUUGACCUCCAUUUGUCUACCAUCACAGGGAGAUCUCUGCCCCCUGGGGCUGAGAGACCCCAACCUUUCCCCAAGCUGAAGCUUCAGGGUAUUGAGGUACCAGCCAGAUGUCUUCCCACAAAGCAUCUGUGGUGGCACAGGGCAAUGGGGCUCCCGCCAGUAACAGGGAAACUGACACAGUGGAACUGGCUGAACUGGGACCCCUGCUAGAAGAGAAGGGCAAACGGGUAAUCGCCAACCCAACCAAAGCUGAAGAAGAACAAACAUGCCCAGUACCCCAGGAAGAGGAGGAGGAGGUGCGGGUACUAACACUUCCCCUCCAAGCCCACCAUGCCAUGGAGAAGAUGGAGGAGUUUGUAUAUAAGGUCUGGGAGGGACGUUGGAGGGUCAUCCCAUAUGAUGUGCUCCCCGACUGGCUGAAGGACAAUGACUACCUGCUACAUGGCCACAGACCACCCAUGCCCUCCUUUCGGGCUUGCUUCAAGAGUAUCUUCCGCAUCCAUACAGAAACUGGCAACAUCUGGACCCAUCUGCUUGGUUUUGUGCUGUUUCUUUUUUUGGGAAUCUUGACUAUGCUCAGACCAAAUAUGUACUUCAUGGCCCCUCUACAGGAGAAGGUGGUUUUUGGGAUGUUCUUUUUGGGUGCGGUGCUCUGCCUCAGUUUCUCCUGGCUCUUUCACACCGUCUAUUGUCAUUCAGAGAAAGUCUCUCGGACUUUUUCCAAAUUGGACUAUUCAGGGAUUGCUCUACUGAUUAUGGGGAGCUUUGUCCCCUGGCUCUACUACUCCUUCUACUGCUCCCCACAGCCACGGCUCAUCUACCUCUCCAUCGUCUGUGUCCUGGGGAUUUCUGCCAUCAUCGUGGCACAGUGGGACCGGUUUGCCACUCCUAAGCACCGGCAGACAAGAGCAGGAGUGUUCCUGGGACUUGGCUUGAGUGGUGUUGUGCCCACCAUGCACUUUACUAUCGCUGAGGGCUUUGUCAAGGCCACCACGGUGGGCCAGAUGGGCUGGUUCUUCCUCAUGGCUGUGAUGUACAUCACUGGAGCUGGCCUUUAUGCUGCUCGAAUUCCUGAGCGCUUCUUUCCUGGAAAGUUUGACAUAUGGUUCCAGUCUCAUCAGAUUUUCCAUGUCCUGGUGGUGGCAGCUGCCUUCGUACACUUCUAUGGGGUCUCCAAUCUUCAGGAAUUCCGUUAUGGCCUAGAAGGUGGCUGUACUGAUGACUCCCUUCUCUGAGCCUUCCCACCAGAGGGGUGGCAGAGGAUCUUCCCAAGUGCUUUUAAAAAUAACUUCUUUGCUGAAGUGAGAGGAAGAGUCUGAGUUGUCUGUUUCUAGAAGAAACCUCUUAGAGAAUUCUUUACCAUCGAACCUUCGGCCCUCUUUCACACUCACUGGGCAAUAAACUUUCCAUUUCCAUUUCCCUAGCUGGGGAGGAAGGAGAUGGUCCAACUUAGCCAUCCCCUUCCUCAGCAAGGCAACUACCAUCCCCUCAAAGAGACAGUACUUUGAAGCUCAUGUUGAGAUUUUACUCCCUCUUCAAACCAUUUUGGGAAAAAAAUGAUGGACUGGGACUCUUCAGAAAUUCUGUUUCUGAAAGAAAAUGUCCCUCCCUUACCCCUAUCCCUACUUUGUAACCUGGCUUAUAACAGGCCAUCCAUUUUUGUAGCACACUUUUCAAAAAGUUAUAACCUGGUCCCAUCUUUCUAGGGCCUGGAUCUGAUUAUACAGCAGCAAGAAUAAGCCACCAACUUUUACAUAGCCCAGCUAAUCAUGGAAGUAUGUUCAGGCUUCAAAUAACUUGAGUUUUAAUUUUUUUCUUGGCAGAGUAAUGUAAAAUUAAAAUGGGAAAAGAUAUUUAAUAUUUAAUACUAAGCUUUAAAAAGAAACCUGCUAUCAUUGCUAUGUACCUUGAUGCAAAGUCUAUGAUGAUAAUAAAAGAAAGUACAGAAGACA